AUGCAGUCUGUGGUAGUGGCCACAGAGGUGACAUUUCCCCUGUACGCUGGUGUUUUUGGCGGGAACCCCGGGCCACAACCAGCGCCCAUGCCUGCCACGGUUAAUGAACCAGUGCCCAUGCCUGCCACGGUUAACGAACCAGUGCCCAUGCCUGCCACGGUAAACGAGCCAGUGCCCAUGCCUGCCAUGGUAAACGAGCCAGUGCCCAUGCCUGCCACGGUAAACGAGCCAGUGCCCAUGCCUGCCACGGUAAACGAGCCAGUGCCCAUGCCUGCCACGGUUAACGAACCAGUGCCCAUGCCUGCCACGGUAAACGAGCCAGUGCCCAUGCCUGCCAUGAUUAUCAAGCCCAUGCCCAUGCCUACCACAGUUAACGAGCCAGUGCCCAUGCCUGCCACAGUUAACGAGCCAGUGCCCAUGCCUGCCACAGUUAACGAGCCAUCGCCAAUGCCUGUAGCCUCGACCAUCCCAGAGCCAAUGCUUGUAGCCUCGACCGUCCCAGAGCCAAUGCCUGUAGCCUCGACCGUCCCAGAGCCAAUGCCUGUAGCCUCGACCGUCCCAGAGCCAAUGCCUGUAGCCUUGACUGUCCCAGAGCCAAUGCCUGUAGCCUCGACCGACCCAGAGCCAAUGCCUGUAGCCUCGACCGUUCCCGUAACAACGCUCCCAGCUGUCCGGAAAAGGAGGAGAAGGAAAGGGACACCUUCUUCCCAGUCUCUGCCUGUACUCACAACCACGGAGGUCGUUCCCCAGUCUCUGCCCAUACUCCUGAACACGGAAAUCGUUCCCCAGUCACUGCCUGUGCUCAAGGGAAUUGUUUCCCAGUCAUCCAGGGCUCUUAGUCCCGAGCCUCCCACGGCUCCACCUUGCAUAGCUUCGCCCCUCGAGCCUCCCACAGCUCCGCCUCCCAUGGCUUCACCCCUCCAGCCUCCCACAGCUCCGCCUCCCAUGGCUUUGCCCCUCGAGCCUUCCACGGCUCUGCCUCCCAUGGCUUCGCCCCUCGAGCCUCUCACGGCUUCUCCUUCCAUGGCUUCGCCUCUCAAGCCUCUCAUGGCUUCGCCUUCCAAGUCUUCGCCCCUCGAGUCUUCCACGGCUCUGCCCUCUGAAUCUUCCACGACCUCACCAUCUAUCACAGAACUUCCUGAUGGAGUGGUGGUGGCAUAGUGGACUAAAGCACUGAACUGGUAAGCAGAAGGUUGUUGGUACGAUCCCCACAGCCACCACCACUGUGUCCUUGAGCAAGGCACUUAACUCCAGGUUGCUCCAGGGGGAUUGUCCCUGUAAUAAUGGCACAUUAUAAAGCCAGUGCCCAUGCCUACCACGGUUAACGAGCCAGUGCCCAUGCCUGCCACGGUUAAUGAGCCAGCACCAAUGCCUGUAGCCUCGAUCGUCCCAGAGCCUUGUCCAUCCCAGAGCCUUGUCCGCCUUCCAUGGCUUCGCCCCUCAAGCCUCUCAUGGCUCUGCCUUCCAUGGCUUCGCCCUUCGAGCCUCUCCCGGCUCAACCUGCCUUCGUCGAGCCGUCCACGGCUCCGCCCUCAGAGCCUUCCACAGCUCUGCCCUCAGAGUCUUCCACGGCUCUGCCCUCUGACCUCACGACCUCACCAUCUAUCACAGAACCUCCUGAUGGAGUGGUGGUGGCAUAGUGGAAUAAAGCACUGAACUGGUAAGCAGAAGGUUGUUGGUUCGAUCCCCACAGCCACCACCAUUGUGUCCUUGAUUAAGGCGCUUAACUCCAGGUUGCUCCAGGGGGAUUUUCCCUGUAAUAACGGCACUGUAAGUUGCUUUGGAUAAAAGUGUCUGCCAAACGCAUAAAUGUAAAUGUAAACCUCCUGACCCAGUCCCUGCCCUGUGGCUGCCUCCCAGGCCUCCUGACCCAGUCCCUGCCCUGCGGCCACCUCCCAGGCCUCCUGACUCUACCCCUGUCCUAUGGUUACCCCCUGGCCUCCUGGGGCCAGUUGCACCAGCUAUACGUACGUUACAACUUAGCCUAGUUGUGGCGUAAAUAGGCACUAAGUCACAGUUUACGCACUACUAAAUAUUUGAGCGUUGCACCAUUAAACUUAGGUAGAACGUAAACCUACGUAUAAACUAAAUAUUUACGGAAGCCUCUGACCAGGAGUAACUGAUGGAAUAAAAAAGCAGACUGAUAUUUUAUUACAUCAAUGAGCUCGUGUUUUGCGUGAGAAGCUUCAAUGCUUUCGACAUAUAUGAUGAUGUUGACAUUUACACUCCUUUACAUUUACGAGAUAGAAAAAAAAACGUACUUUUAAGCGGCUCUUCAGCAUGAAACCAAUCUAAUGAUGCAGUUUUCAGGAUGCGUCGCCCGGUGUCAAGUUUCAACAUAUACGAAAUAUAUAAGAUAUUAAAAUGAAUAAAAUGUCUAUUUUUCCAGCCUGUUGUAUAAGUAUUUAUCACCCCUUAUUUAUUUUAGAUACAGCUCCUAUUUAUUGUUAUUUACACAGGGCAAAUAUACUAUUUAUCAAAUGUAGCUACUUUUAUUAGGUAUCAUAUUUUAAUUGGGAUUUAUUUUAUUACAUCUGACAGUUACGGGUUACAAGGUUUGAACAUCAACCAUUACGAGCUAAAACUGAAAUGCACGGCUUUUUAAUACUUCUGUGUACAAACUUGAAGGCUGUUUAUUGGAUCAAUACAGGUAAACGUCAUAUUAUGCGACUAUGCAUUACUUUACGGAGAGCUUACAACCUACUAGUUAAGUCUUGCCUUAAGAACAGGUGGUGCAACCAAAUUAAGCACUGACUUAGUUACAAACUAACUAGUAGUUACUAAGAACCUAGUGUGAACUUUACGUCCUAACUUACGUGAGAACUUACGCACAGCUGGUGCAACCCUACCCUGAUCACCCCCAGACUCCUCCAUGGUCUUCUCCUGGAUCCUCCCCAGUCACCUGUUUCCUCCUGCCCUCCUCCACCUUUAAAUGCCAGGAGUCGCCUUGUGGGGGGGGGGGUUAAUGUCACAGUCACAGUCACCAUGUGUCCUAGGACUCUUAUUUUGAAAUGGUUUUCAUCCUCUGUCUCCUGUUUUCCCUGGAUUACGUUUCCCAGCAUUCACUUCCCUCAUCACUGCCAUCUGUUCCCCAUCAUUGUCACCUGUUCCCGAUUCUGUCAUCAGCUCUCCUGUGUAUAAAUACCCACUAGUUCAGUCCCAUCAUUGUCAGUUCUUGUUCGUUGUUAGUUGUUACAGUGUUUAUGUUAACCCCAACGACUGUCUUGUUUUGUAGCUUAAGUCAUCGUCUUCUGUGCAUCCUCGCCUUCUUGCCAUUGUCAAAUAAAGUAUCCCUGCACUUUGAUCCCACUCUCUCACCUCAUCCCUACAAACGUGACACACAUUUGUCUUUGUUAAAAUGUGUUAAAAUUACACGGAGGACCAUUUAAGUUUGAGAUUAAAUAUUUUGUCAUUCUUGUGACAAUUAUCUAAACUACUAUGACACUGUUUAGAUGAAACAGAACAAGAUCAAGAGAAAGAAAAAGAAACCAUUGUGUCGUGUUAUGAGAGUUGUGAUCCUAUAUCUGCAUAAGUAAUCAUUUGAAAAAUAGUUUUUCUUUUGUUCUGGUUUAUUUUCUGUCCUGCUGUUUGCUUUUAUGUUUGGUUUUUGAUUACUUAAGAAAAUCGGAAACAACAUUGUUCGAACAUUAACUUGAAUGUAGCAAUCCCGCACAUCAGCACUUUAUAUUUCAGCAAAUAGACCAUUGGGGUAAUUUUCAUAGCCACGGUCUAUUCCAUUGAUUAUCUGUCCAUUUGAUUUCUGGAGGAAGUUAGAAUAAUAAAUGAAAUGUAAUAGUGUUGAAAAUGGCUUCAGAAUUGUUUACUUUUAAGUUAUUUUUAAUGACUAAUUUUAGAUGUAUGUGCCGGUGAAGAGCCCCGGCUUUAUCGUUGUCAACAUAUUAAAUUAGUUACAAUCUCUAAACACAUUCCUUUUAUUAAAAGGAAUGCACAAAUUUAAUUCUAAAAUGUAAGUAGAUGUUCGAGAUGAGCAGAACUUAAAGUUCAAGGUUCUGUAAUUUUUUUUAGAAUAAGAUGUUCUAAAAAGCUCUUUUAAAUAUUUUAAUAUGCUCCUUUUACUUGUGCAUGACCUGUGUUUUAUUUUCAUUCACUCAGUGAUGCUUCAGUCUUAUUUGCUUUAUGUUUGAAACAAUAAUGCAGUAAUAAAUAUCAGAAUAAUGCACAGAACUCCACAGUAUGUUUACCUUGCUGACAGCAGUAUAUCUACGAACAUAUUAUUGCCUAAAACUAGGCUAAAGAAUAUGAAGAGGACUUGCUUAUUUGGUCUGUACAAAGCAUGUGCAAAUAUUAUGUGACUCAUAUGAGUCAUCUAGAUUCAGACUGUUAAAGAUCAUAAUUAAAAUUUUUACCUGUAAAAUAAUAAAAAUAAUAAAAAAUACAAUUAAAAUAAUGUCAAAUGAACUAAAUAUGUGAAAAAUUGUUCACAAUAUCCAUUUUUUAAAUUUUAAACAUCUUUUGUCCUCACAGGGGUGGAAACUCACUGAUAAGACCAUUCAUGUAUGACGGUUGUAGUAUAGUUGUAAUAUACAAUACAAAAUGUAUUAUUUUAUAAUAUGUACUUCGUAAAGUUUGUGAAAAUCUCAAACAAAGCUGUUGUAUAUUUGGGAUUUCAAACUGUUUAAUAAAAGGUCUUUGAAAGCAGAGUGGCGCAUUUUGGA